AUGUUUCUGUCCUGCAUUAACUACUAUGUGGACAAGAACUGCAAUUUCAGUGUCGUCAGCGCUGUGCUGCUUGUGAAUGUGUACGUACUGCAGUACCUCCCUGGAACUGUCGUGGUUCCCUUCUUGACUCUGUGCGCCUGCAUCACGGCUGGCGUCAGCAAGGGACUGAAGCGCAUCAUCAAGCAGCCCAGGCCGCCUGGAGCUCCGAAGGCGAGCCCCGGUAUGCCGAGCAACCACGCUACCAGCCUAUCGUUCUUGUCUGUGGUGACAGUCUAUGUCCUGCAGCGCUAUGCGUCCAGCACUGCCAUCGUUGGUGGCGCGAAUCAGACACUCUUCCACACGCCGCCUCUUCCUUCUCUGCCGCUGCCGUGUGUACGGCCGCUGCAGGUGCUGAUUGCGGUGUAUAGUGUGUAUGCGACAGUCUUGCGGGUUGCUCAAGGUCAUCACACGGUAGCGCAAGUCAUUGCGGGAUACCUGUUGGGGUUUACCCUCGCCGUUUUUUCCUUGGCGGCGAACCACAGCGGCUACACCGGCACUCGGUUUGGUGGUCGCGUGGAUGAGCUGCCGCUGCCAGAAAAGGUAAUUCUGCUUUUCGCCAGCUUUGCGAUCUCUGCGAUGGCAAUGCGUUCCAUUGUUCGUGGCUCACACGUUUCACGCGUCGCGCACACCAGCGCCCCCGUCAUGAAAGGUGUUGAAAAGGGAGGAAAGUGA